UUAAUCGUGGACUCCGCCUUCAAAGCAGCCGCUUCCUGCUUCGCUUCCACCAAACUGUGUGCCAAUGUGGGAGCCUAACGAACAAUUGCUUCUUCGUGCUCCCACGCGUUACAAAAAGAAUGAAGGAACAUUGUUUGUUACGCCGAGACGUGUGGCGUGGCAACAACAAGGCACACCACAAUUAAAUCCUUCCUUGCUUUACAGUGACAUGGGAACUUUAUCACAAACACCGGAUACGUCGCCCAAAGUUUUACUCAAGAUCUCUGUGACAGCGCCGAAACCCAAAGAUUAUACGUUCCACUUCAUAUCCCCCAAAGCACUAACAGAACGCGAAGCCGUCAAGUCGCAAGUUGCAGAGCUGCUUAGUCGUGUUCGAGGAUCGUCGCGAGGAUCUACACCUGCAUUGACACCAAUGACAGCAGCAACCGCUUCGCCAACGCCUACACCUGCAACUGCAACGGGAUCGCCAGCAGCAGCAACAGCUUCGUCUUCCGCUGUCGGUAGUCCUGCACCUACACCGGCAGGUUCAGCAGCAGCUACACCUGGCAGUCCACAUUCCUGGCGACAAGAAGAAUUCAACGCUAGAAAGCACUUACUGUCGUCCAGUCGUGAACUUCAUACUCUACAUAUGGAACUGGUUGUGCACGACAGAAGCGUUAACGAGGAAGAGUUUUGGGCCAGUCCCUAUGUGAAGCGGAUACGACAAAAAUUGAACAAGGAGUCAGUGUCAAAGGAGGGACGACAAAAGGGCAAAUCGUCGAAAAUGGUUGAAUUGAUGCCUGGGCAACAAGAGGGCUCUGAUGUAAAAUAUACAUUGACAAGUCAGAUUAUUCACAAUAUAUUUACAGAAUUCCCAUCUGUGAAACGCGCAUAUGAUACAAACGUUCCUGACAAGGUGACAGAACAACAAUUCUGGAAGCGAUUCCUGGCAUCAGAGUUUUUUCAUCGCUCUCGGACAGGGGCACGAUCUCAAAUGGCACCGUAUGACGACAUCUUUGAUCGAUGCCUUCAAGAAGAGGAUGAAGAGAAUUCAAAAGCACCUCAGAUAUCACGAAUAGAUCAAAUCAAAAGGGCAAUAGAUUUGACGGCUACAGAAGAAGAUCAUAUUGAUAGCGGUAAUGCACCGGAUUUUACCAUGAAACCGGGUGGAUCUGCUCAAGUUUUGCCACUGAUUCGGCGGUUUAAUCGACACGCUAUGCGGGUAUUGGAAACAUCACCAUCAAGUAAAAAAAGAGAUAUUAAAGCUUCAGAUAAUGACGAUAUUGAAAGGGAAAUCAUCAUAACGGAUUUGCAAGACGAGAAUCCACCAGAGAAGAUUGUUUUAGAUAUUGAGGACUCACGGCGAUACUUUGAAAGUCAAAGUGGGAAGCGGCAGGAUAUCAGCAUUAGCGAGGAGGAUGCAAAACAUCUAUUAGAUGAUUUCAAGGAAGACUUUCAAGGAUGGCAACCAGACCUUAACAAGUCUGUUAUGGAACCAAGGGCGGCGAACAACGCCUAUUCUACUCUCACAGAAUAUAUCAAGCGCAAGGUCCAGCAUGAUCGGAAGAUAUCGGCUUCAGAUGCCAAACUGCCGCCGAUGAUCCAACAAAAAGUCCAGAGCUACCAUUCAGCCACCAACGAGAUCUUGCGCCAUUUCUGGUCAUCGUUUGAGCCGUACAGGGCUGACAAGAACAUACGCAUGGCGGAAAGCUUGAAAAAGCAAAAGGAGAAGCUCAAAGAAGUGUUAACAACGGUGAACCGAUACGAAGGCGACGUAGAGCGUUGCAGAAAGAUGCUUCAACCAGUCAUCGAUGCGGUGGACAAAGCGUUGGAAGCGUCCCAGAAGCGCGGUAAAAAGAGGAAAGCAAUGUAAAUAUAGCGACACACCAUACAACAACAACCCCUACCUGGCAAUUCCCCCGCUUCUCCCAAUCAUCAUGCACUUCAUCGAUUUUUUGCAUUCGUCUAAUAGUAAUAAAGCCUACCAUCACGUAAACCCAUAUCAGAGAAAAAAAGAGAGGG